CUUACUUUAACUUCAACUUCAGAGAAUGUAAACAAUACUUUUGUAUUAGUUGUGAAAAUGAUUCCGGAUAAAGUUCAACAACUAUUUAAACUUUCUUGUCGAUUUAAAUUAUGCCCUAUUUUUCACAAAUCACAGAUUGAAGUUUCUCGAACAAUUUCAACCAGUUCACCAGCUUAUGGAAAAAGAAAUUUUCGUAAAUUCAAUGUAGCAAAACGAGGAACUUAUGAAGAUCUCAAGUAUUUUGAAGAACAUCCCGAAUUAGAAGAUCAAAGAGGCAGAAGACUGCCUGGUCAUUGGGAAGGCAGUAAAUUUGUAAGAAAUCCAGAAAUGGUCCCAGAACUUAUUGUUCCUGAUUUAAAAGAUUUUCCUCUGAAACCUUAUGUGUCAUAUCGAACUGCAGAUAUAGAACAAGGAAAAUUUACUCCAGAACAUUUAUUCUAUGCUGCAUAUUAUAAAAAAUUAAAAAAGGAUUUUGAAGAAGGUAAAUUAGAUGAGAAUGGAAAUUCUCUGGAACCAUCAGCAGAGGAGAAAAUGGAUGCUGAAGAAGCUUGGAAGAAAGCACGUUCAUCAGGGAGCGAUCUUUUUGGUUAAGAUGCUUUAUGUUUUAAACCAUUCAUUAUUUCUAGAAAAUAGAGUUAUGAUAUUGCAUUUCACCACAUGUUGUUAAAUUAUUGUUAUUAAAAUGUUUUUUAUCUGAGUA